CUGAUGGUUGCUCAGUCCUAAUACAUCCAGGCGGUGGAUGCUUUGGUAGUUACGUGUGUACAGCCAUUUGGUAAUAACGCUUUUGUUUUCUGAGGAGAGGGGGGGAGACCUACCAACUGCCAACAUGUCGAGCAAACGGGCCAAGGGAAAGAACACCAAGAAGCGUCCUCAGCGUGCCACCUCCAAUGUGUUUGCUAUGUUUGACCAGUCUCAAAUUCAGGAGUUCAAGGAGGCCUUCAACAUGAUCGACCAAAACAGGGAUGGUUUUAUUGACAAAGAAGACCUUCAUGACAUGCUGGCCUCAUUAGGUAAGAACCCCACAGAUGAGUACUUGGAGACGAUGAUGAACGAAGCGCCAGGCCCAAUCAACUUUACAAUGUUUCUGACCAUGUUUGGAGAGAAGCUGAACGGCACAGAUCCUGAGGAUGUGAUCCGUAACGCUUUUGCCUGCUUUGACGAGGAGGGUACAGGUAUAAUCCAGGAGGAGUACCUGCGGGAGCUGCUCACGACGAUGGGUGACAGGUUCACGGAUGAAGAAGUGGACGAGCUCUUCCGAGAGGCGCCCAUUGACAAGAAAGGCAACUUCAACUAUGUAGCAUUCACACGCAUACUAAAGCAUGGCGCAAAGGACAAAGAUGAUUAGUGUGUAUCAGUAUAAGUUUCCACUCAAGUUAAAACUGCUAUAUCCUGUUAUGUUAACGGAAAGCUUCACUGUAGCUUACUAAAGGUCAUUUGUUUAAGCUGCUUGUGGGACCAUCCUGUACCCACCACACACACACACACACACUCUCCAAGCUCAUUUGCACAUUUGUGAAACACCACUGAAGGGUCUGUAUAAGCUAGUAAAGAUGUAUGAAAAGACCCUCAUGGAUAAAGCUGGAAAUAAACUGAAAAGUAGUCAAAAAUGGAGUCUGUUAUUUAUAUUUUGUAGGAAAUCAAAGUUUCAAGAUUAAAUUGUGGUCUGAAAUGAAUCACCUAGGCUCUAUUCAUUUUUCAAAGUUUUUAUUUUAAAACAAAGGAAAAUAGAUGUGAUGUGUAAGUCUUAAGGGAUGGUUUAAAGCUUCAACAAUUCCACAGUUCACACUAAUUUCAAAGAUACAUAAUUACACGGGAUCAGUCACUGGAUUAAACAAAAGGUGCUGGAUCAGUGCUGACUCAAUGUAGAAUAAUAAAUAUACAUAUGGCCAAAGGUU